GGGAGGGUGCUACUUUGUCACACACUGCCUUCUCUCUGAGCUGUUAACCUUUCAAUUAGUAGGCUAGCGAACGUGUCCCUCCCGGCGCGCCAGCCGUCGAAAGCACCAGCACUUCAUCAAAUGGGAAUUGUGGAUUACGGCUCGUCCUUCUUGUGAAUUUUUCAUCAGAUGACCUACCGAUCAACGCAUUUUACUUCGUGCAGGGAGGGUGAGAAAGAUCGAGAAAACUUGAAGGUGUUGUCGUCUCCGUCCUGAUCAGGAGUUGCAGCCAGGUUCCUCCUUCCUCUCUUCCUCCUGCCUGUGAUAUUUGGAUAUAUAUCAGCACCCUGGUGUGGAUUAACGUGUUUGUUCGUAUAGUUGUGGAUUUACGGGCGUGUGCGGAUCGUUGUGGAUUUCUGGGCGUGUGCGGAUCGUUGUGGAUUUAAGUGAUGCGUCUGGCCGUGCGAGGGCCGGCAGCGCUGUGCUCUCGGCCGCGUCGGCGCGUGUAGGAGCCAGUGGGCACGUGUGAAGCCUGGAUGGAAGAGUGGCGCGUCAGCAGCCGAGGAUUGUGGGUAUGAUGAUGCGGCUGGCCGACCCACGCUACACAGCGUGGAUCCUGGAGGCCAUCGGUAAGAUCCGCCGGCAGAAGCAGCGUCCAUCAGAGGAGCGCAUCUGUCACGCGGUGAGUGCCGCCCACAGCCUGGACCGCCUCACGGCACAGCGCCAUCUAGAGCUGGCCGUGCAGGAUGGCAGCGUGCUGCGCGUCACCAGCAAGGGUUGCACCUCCUACAAGGACCCUGGGGGGGGCGCUGCUGGGGCAAUAACCACCACAGCCACCCCUACGGACCCCACAGGGGCAAUAACCACCACAGCGGCAAUAACCACCACAGCCACCCCUACGGACCCCACAGGGGCAAUAACCACCACAGCCACCCCUACGGACCCCACAGCCAUGGCAAUGACCACGCUGGGGGUAUCGCAUGCGCCCGUCACCUCACCUCCCCGCCCUGGCCCUGUGUCCAGAGUGGAGCGGAACGCUGGGGCCGUGGCAGACCUGCGGCAGGUAGACUGGAACCGGCUGCUGCUCCGGGCGCAGGAGGGUCUCUCGGCGAGCGCAGGCACGUCAUUCCGGAACAUGGAGCGCUACCUGCGUGUGCAGCCAGACCUGGCCAGCGUGGUGGCCAACCCGCGCUUUAAGCACCGCCUCCGGCUCGCCACCAAGCGCGCCGUGAGCACCGGACGCCUGCUGAAGCACGGCCCGCGCUACCGACUCGGCCCUGCGGGGGGCGCCGUGCCCAGAGGAGUCCUGCCGCCGGUCACCCUGCUGCCCCAUGAGAGGAGUCAGGUGCGGGCAGACCCGAUCCCCAUCUGCAGCUUCUGUCUGGGCACCAGGGAGUCCAACCGGGACAAGAGGCCCGAGCACCUGCUGUCCUGUGCUGACUGUGGGAGUAGUGGUCAUCCGUCCUGCUUGAAGUUCUCAGCAGAGCUGGCGGCCCAUGUGAGGGUGUUGCCAUGGCAGUGCAUUGAGUGCAAGACCUGCAGCUCGUGUCAGGUGCAGGGGAACAACGCUGACCAGAUGUUGUUCUGUGACUCGUGUGAUCGAGGCUUCCACAUGGAGUGCUGUGACCCCCCCAUCUCCAAAAUGCCCAAAGGUUUGUGGGUGUGUCAGGUGUGUAGGCCAAAAGACUGGGAUGAGAGGAGUGUCCUGCGCAAGACUGCUGCUCAGAUCAAACGCCGCUAUGCAAGGCCUGGACGACCCCGCAAACACCCACUCCCUGACGGAGACGGUCCUGACCAGCCCAUUCCAUCUAAUGAUGGAGGAUUGACCUUUGACCCCAGGGCGUCCUCCCCUGCAGGUGACCCCUUGACCUUUGCGCUUCCCCCGUUCAACAACAAAACCAAAUCUCUGAUCGACGGCCUGUCUCGCUUCUUCACCCCCUCCCCUGAGGGGCGGCGGCUUCGCACAGACUCCUCCCAUCCAUCCCACAAGUCCAAGCGGGGGUCACGGCCAAAGAGCCGCCACUUGCACAUGAGACCCACUUCCCAAAGGUUGAUUCCCACUUCCCAGAGGCUGAUUCCCACUUCCCAGAGCAACGGCAGCUUUUCCCACUGGCGCCUAAGCCUCGCCCACUGCCAUGGAAGCUCCUCCCCCUCGCAGCCGCACGCCCCAGCGUCUCUGGACGGGUUGCCGGGCAGUGUGCAGCUGAAGGGGCUGUUUGACGGCCUGUCGCACAUCUACACGGCCCAGAGCGCCGCCCGCAGGAAAGCCACGCCCAGCUACGCGCCGCCCAAGCGCUCGGCCCGCCCCCACUGGCAGCAUGCCGAGGGCUCGUCCACACUCAGGGUUGGGGGUGGCGCCGCGGAGGGUUUCCCGCUUGCUGGUUGGCCGCUAAAGAGGAAAAGGGGCCGUCCCUUUAAGAACCCACCUCACCUGAGACACCUGCCCUUCCUGAAGAAGCAGCAAAUGCUGGUCACCCCACCACGCAGAGGCCGACCGCCGGGACUGAAGGCAGCGCACGAUAACCCUGAUAUCCGAAGGGUGAAGAGAGAGUUCAAGGGGGCGUGGCACCCCUUAGCCAAUCAGCACAUCACUGAGGAGGAUCUACAGCUUUUCCAGCGGGUGCAGGAGAUCUCAAGACAGAAGACGGCGCUUGUGAGCAGCAGUGAUUCUGGUCACUCUCCUGCCCUCAUAGAACUUGGCAAAUACGAGAUCAAAACCUGGUACUCAUCUCCCUACCCACCAGAAUACUGCAGGUUAUCUAAGGUGUAUGUGUGUGAGUUCUGUCUGAAGUACAUGAAGAGUGUGAGUGCUCUAGAGCAGCACAGGCUCAAGUGUGGCUGCUUCCACCCCCCUGCCAACGAGGUCUACCGCAAGGACCACCUGUCUGUGUUCGAGGUGGACGGGAACGUGAGUAAGAUCUACUGCCAGAACCUGUGCCUGCUGGCCAAGCUGUUCCUUGACCACAAGACACUGUACUACGACGUGGAACCCUUCCUGUUCUACGUUCUCACACGGAACGAUGCCAAGGGCUGCCACCUGCUGGGCUACUUCUCCAAGGAGAAGCAGAGUCAGCAGAAGUAUAACGUCUCGUGCAUCAUGGUCCUUCCACAGUUCCAGAGACAGGGCUACGGCAGGUUCCUCAUCGACUUCAGUUAUCUUCUGUCCCGUGUGGAGGGACGUGUGGGGUCUCCUGAGAAGCCUCUGUCGGAGCAGGGGCGCUCCGUCUAUCAGUCCUACUGGAGGAGCACCCUGCUGCGGGCCAUACGUCACCACAACCCCCCCACCCUCACUCACCCCAGCCUGCCCCAGCCCUCAGACAUCCACCCCAGCCUGCCCCAACCCUCAGACAUCCACCCCAGCCUGCCCCAACCCUCAGACAUCCACACGCAGGCCACUGAGAAGCCAGACCAGAGUGUGGAUAGCUCCGCCCAGUGUGUGGAUAGCCCCGCCCAGUGUGUGGAUAGCUCCGCCCAGCUCACCAUUAGAGCCCUCAGUAGCCUGACUGGCAUGUGCCCUCACGACAUCACACACACCCUACAGGAGUUGAACAUGAUCCACGUGCAGGAUGGCAGGUGUGUAAUUGUCCGGCGGCGGCAGCAGCAGGAUCGUGUGUGUGAGAGGCGGACUGGGCCUGAAGUGGACGCCUCCUGUCUGCAGUGGAGUCCAUCAGCACCGCCCUACAGGGGCCCGCUGGAACUGCGCCAGAGUGUACAGCAGGUGGAGGGCAGUCGCCCUAGUGCUUUGCCUGCUGUGAGGCGGUACCCACUCACUAAGUGCCCCAGUUACCCCCUCACUAAGUGCCCCAGCACCAACCACCACCCUUGGCACACGCAGUCCGGUGCACGUGUCCACACAUCCCACUCCUCGUCGUCAAGCAGCGAGGAGGAGGAGCAUGAGCACUCCCCGAGAUCCCAGACGCACGGUCUGAAGAGAAAGCGCGAGGUUGGGCCUAAGAGGAGGCGUGGCCGUCGGAGGAAACGCAUCAACAGCAGCGUAACCACGGAGACCAUCCUGGAGCGGACAGAGGUCCUGGACGAGCCUCUGGAGAACUCGGUGGAGGAGGCAGAGAGCAUGGCGGGAUCGGCCAGACGGGCGUGCAGUGAGGAAGACGAGGAGAGGAGGAAGACGAAGAGCCACACGGAUCCCCGCAGAGGGAAGAAGAAGCAGUGGAUCAUCACCGAAGGCAGCAGUCACAUGCUGCAACACAUAGAUGCUACCAGAAAUGCCAUCAAAGGCUUUCCAGGGCGCCGGCCAGGCCGCAGGAAGAAGGGCUGGCCCAAGGGCGUGAAGCGAGGACCCCCCCAAUGGAGACAGCAGCGCGAGGGCGCCACUGGCUUCAAGCUCAACCUCUACACACCCCCCGAAACUCCCCUGCACCCUGCCCCUCGCCAGGAGGUGGAGGAGGAGAAAGAGGAGGAGGAAGAGGAGACGGAGAUGAUCCCCAGGCUGGAGCGGACCCCCUGCAGGGAACCGGAGCUGCUGGGACUGGAAGAGAACCAGCAGAACCUUUCAUCGGAACCGCAAAGUCCCGAGGAGCAGGAGAGGGAAGAACUGGUGGAGGAGGAGAAGAGGAGGAGGAGGAAGGUGAGGAGGAAGAGCUCACUCUCCGGGAAUUCAGAGCACUCCGAGCACAGCGACUCCGAGAACUCCCCUUGCCACACGCCAGAACCCCGCGAGGAAACAGAACCCUCGUUCAUCAAACUCCAGAGAAAGGAGGAGGAGGAGGGCGAAGACGACAAGGCAUCCGAGCAACCGCCAGACCAGCAGCAGGAUCUCAGAGGUCAGGAGGAUGUCGGAGCACAGGCUGUGUGUGAGGAAGAGGAGGAGGAGGAAGAUGAGGGCUCAGUUGCGGUGGAAGACCACGACGCAGACGAUGAGGACGAUAGCCAUGCUGUGGGGAAGGCCGAGGAGAAGAUUCCAGGGUGUUCUGAGGGCCCAGCCACUCAUCCUGCCGAGGGUAACGACAAAGAGUGGCGCAGCUCUCCUCUUCCUCUUCCCCCUUCGCCCCAGCCGCCCCGUCAGCCCUCCCAGCCAAUCAGCUGCAUCCUCCAGGACGCUACGCAUGGCGACGGCCAAUCUGACCAGCAGGAGGCGUCGGACUCGGAUGGGGAGGCCCAACGGCGCCCCCCGCCCCAGACGCCCACACCCAAACCCGACCCCCCCCUCUGUCCCGAGCUGGACGUGGAGACUGCUGCGGCCGUGCGCUCGCUUACCCAGGAGGCCGAGCAGAGCCGCGACCCGCACCCGUACUCGAGCCUGCUGGAGACGAGCCUGGCCCGCCGCUACGCUGUGCCCCCUGUCGCCCCGCGCGGCCCCGAGAACAGCCCCCUGCCAACGCACCACGACGAAUCAGUGCGCUCGCUGAGCAGCCCGUCAUCCCACCCCAGCCAAUCAGUGCACUCGCUGAGCAGCCCGUCAUCCCACCCCAGCCAAUCAGUGCGCUCGGUGAGCAGCCCCAGCCAAUCAGUGCGCUCGGUGAGCAGCCCGGCCGUGUCUGUGAUUCUGGAGAGCGGCGGCGGGAGUUUGGCCCAGAUGGUCUCGGAGCAGCAGCAGCAGCACCAGCCACAGGGGGCGCCGUUGUCCGUGACGUCGUAUUCGUCGCUGACCGGGUCAUCGUCAGGCGCGGUGCUGGAGCCCAGAGGCAGCCCGGCGCUGGACUCGGCCUCCGUAUCGGACCACUCGGGGCCCGUGGCCCUGGACAGUGGCUUCAGCGACCUGGGCAGCAUCGAGAGCAGCGGCGAGAACUACGAGAACCCGAGCAGCUACGACUCGUCGCUGUCGCAGGGCAGCUGCUCGUUCGGCGGCGGCGGUGGCGGCAGCUCGCUGGUCAGUGGAAGCUGCGCCGUCUCGCAGCAGAUCGCGGCGGCCAACGGCGUGGUCAACGGCACGGUCAUGUUGGGGCCCAGCGGCAUGACUCCGCCCCCCUGCCUCACGCCGACCCCUCCGAGCUGCGGCAGCAGUGGACGCCAGACCCCACACCCUCACCCGCACACACACCACCCCCAGUACCACACCUACAACCUCCAGCAGCACCCACGCCACCACACACACACACACCUGCACACACACUCACACCCACACACACAUCAGCUCCAGGAGCUCCAGCCUGCGCAGCUCCAACGCAAACACUCUCACCCUCACACUCAAACACACACACACACACUCACACAACAGUCGCUGUCCCACUGCUCCGUGCCAGCAGGUUUCGCUCCCUCCCCGACGCAGGUCCCCCCCCCCCCCUCGUCCAGUCUGGGUCUGUACGAGCGUGUGAGUGGCGGCCAGGUGGGCGAUGUCGCCGGGGGCAACGUGGGUCAUCACCAUCACUACUCCCCUCAGCCCUCCGCCACGUUCAGCCUGGCGAAGCUGCAGCAGCUGACCAACACCCUGAUGGAGCAGCAGCUACAGCCGUAUUCACACUCACACACACACAGCCGCGCUCACACACACCCCCACGCCCUGGGCUCCUACCACACCCCCCCUACACUUAUGCCCCUCCCCCCCCAGCCCCCCACGCCCGGCCCCAGCGCACAAACGCAGGUCACCAUGACACCACCACCCAACAUGACCCCGCCUCCAGCUCCCAUGAUGCACCAGCGGAACACGUCCACGCCAAGCGUGGGUCUACAUGCGCGAGCCGCACCCCCCUCCUCCUCUUCCUCCCAAAGGUUCCAGGUCCAGAUGUCGUCCUCUGCCAAAAGCCUUCAUCACGCUCCGCACCCACACGCACACACUCACCCGUCGCACGCUCAUGCUCACACGCACGCACGCUCCCACACACACCCCCACACACACCCGCACACACACCCGCACCACCCCAUGUCUUUGCACUCCAAGUCGUCGGCCCACACUCUCGUCCAGCAGCAGGUCUACGCGCACCCUGACCACACGCAGGGCGUUGCUAUGCAACCGCCUGGACCCUCCCAGCUGCUGCUGCCUUCCGGCGGUUACAGCGCCAUCAACUCCUACCGGGUCACGCCUUCACCGCUCAUCAACGCCGGCUACCACGGCAACCCUGCCUACAUCAACCAGGCCACGGCGGCCGGAGCCGGCCCACCUCAGUACUCUGUGCAGAUGAGCAUGAUGGGUAAUCAGCCGCCACCCAUGCCCUCUCCUGCCGCCCAUGGCAACAUGAUGUACGCGCCCCCCGGUCACCAUGGUUACGUGAACUCCGGCGUGGCCAAACAGACGCUCAACGCUCCAUACAUGAGGCGCUAGCCCACCGGGUCAUGUGACCUGAUAAGACAUCAGGUGCCGUCGCGUGUGUGCGCGCUCAUAUCUGGGCCAUAAAAUCUGUUAUGAUAUGACAUUACGUGUGUCCCACGUUGUUUGAAGUGUGUUCAGUGAACAAUAACCUGUUCCUAGGGUUAGGGUUAAUAGCCUAUUCUGUUCCUAGGGUUAGGGUUAAUAGCCUAUUCUGUUCCUAGGGUUAGGGUUAAUAACCUGUUCUGUUCUGUUUGCUUCUGUUCCGUUCGGUUCUGAACCCUUACUGGUUAUUUUAUUGACUUUUCUGAGAAUCCAGCACUAAGAAAGAAUACACAAAAUGGUUUUAUGGCAAACGAACACGAGGCCUUACCUUACACACUAAGAUGAGGCACCACAGGACUGAGUGUCUCUGUAAUGACGUCAUCACUGGGCGCCUAAGUAUCUUUGUAAUGACGUCAUCACUGGGCGCCAACAAAGAGCCAUCUCUACAGGGCCGCACAUGUGAUGCGUUUCCUGUGCAGCGCCGUGAUGUGUUUCCUGGGCGUCCAGAUGAGAUGAGGGCCUAUCUGCGCCCUCUUCAACGAUGUGUGUGUAUGCGGAGACCUGCCUUCAAGCUCACUAAAUUAUUGUAAAUGUAUGUUCUAUUUUUGUACGUGUAAAGUACCGAGUCCAGCUGCAUGCUCUCUGCUGGCCCCAGGUCCGUACGGACAAGCCGGCGCUUGUCCAAGGGAACGGUCUCCUGGAUGCCAGGAGAAGAAUCUAUUUUUGUUAAUUUUAAUCUAGUAAUAUACAAAAACAUUUAAUCUGAUUUCUUGUGUUCCAGCUUUGAAGACUUUAUUGCUAAUGAUGUAAAAAAAUACUUUUUAACAAAAUAUUCUUACUUGAGGCAGCUUUCUGUUUUUUAUACAAAUGCAAAACGACCAGUCUGAAGUGGAGUGCCUGUGUCUAGAACCGCACAGUUCAUCUCCACACACACACACACACACAGACAUCUCACACACACACUUGCUCUCUCUCUCACACACACAGACAUACGCGCACGCAUAUACACUCUCUCUGACACACACGCACACACUCACACUCUCUCUCUUUCUCUGACUCUCUCACACACACACACACUCUCUCUCUCUCUGACUCUCGCACACACACGCGCGCACAGACAGACAUAAGCCAGCAGAAGCACAAGUUCUCUGUUCUGGUUUGCGCGUAGAGCUUCCGUUGUGUCUGCUGUAGCUGGGCAGCAGCCGUAUGGGGAGCAGGAGGUCAGUGUCGCCCUCUGAACUUUGACCCCUGACCCCUCUGUAGUUGCUCCAGCACAUGCUGUACAUUUGUAGCCCUGAUUAAACCAUGAGCCACUUAAAGACUUAA